AUGCCGUUGUCUAAAAGGAGGAGGUUGUUUACACCUAAAAAACAUAAAUCAAAAUCGAAUAUUAAAGAGAGAGAUUCAAUAGAAAAUGAGGUUACAACAGCCCGAGGGCGCCUGAAGGGUGCUCUGAUGGAAAUGCUGGAACCAAUGGCAGAAGAUUCUGAUGCUUCAUCUGAAUACACACCCAUUAAGAGAGAAAGAAAAAUAAGUCAAGAGAAAUCAGAAUCAUCUUCAGAUGAAGAGGAACAGGUUGCUUCAAGGAAGUCACCUCAAAGACAGUCGUAUGUGCUUAAGUUGUUUGACAGAAGCGUAGACCUCUCACAGUUCAGCGAGGACUCUCCGCUUUAUCCUAUCUGCAGGGCAUGGAUUGCUAAUCAACCGAAAGCCAAUUAUAAAGAAUUUGGGAAAAAAAAUAUUGAGCCGACAACACCUUCAGAUGAUAGUUUAGAAUUACCAGGUCCAGAAGGGCCUCCUAUAUCCAAAAUACCAGAUUUAAUACCGGAGCAGAAAGCCUGCAGUAAGGAUAACAUUAAUUUGAACUAUAGGGAAGCCCCACCACCUAGUAAAGAACAGCUAAUCAGAUGGCACACGGCUCGCUGGGCGAAUAUACGCUCUGCCUGGCUCCAACGAGCACAUGAAGCAGAAUCUAGAUAUAGUGCAACCCAGGCUAUACUCAAUAAGAUUAACAUUAAGUGA